AUUCUCUCUCUCUCCCGUCUCUCUGAAGGGUCUCUCUACCUCUCUCUGUUAGUGGCCAGCAGCCAAUCACCUGCCAGCUCUCGCGCCUCCUGUUUCCUCCUCACCUCUCCACAGCGCCAAUCAGACCGUUCACGCCGCGCGCCGCACGCCACGCCGCCACGGGCGCUGCCGACAGCAGAACACACACACACACAUACACACACACCCCACACACACACACACAUACACACACACCCCACACGCACACACACACGCACGCACACGCAGCCUCCCCUCUCUGUUACCGAACAUCAGCGUCGUGUGUCCCCCCUCCCUCCCUCCCUCCCCUUCUCGCCCUGCCGCGAGAGCGACGCACGUAUCCGUUCAUAACCUCCGCCAUUAUUCAUCUCCCCUCCUCCCCCGCCCCUCUCCUCCCGUGGUGCUGUUUUUUCUCUCGCUUUCCUUUCCUCGAGCUCCUCGCCUCUCUUCCUCCUCCCCUGCAGGGUCUCCACAGAGCCGCUUCCCUUCUCCUCGGCCGGGCUAAUUUAACGCCUCGCCCUCCCUCCUUCUCCCCGCCUCGCGCUCGCUUGUGCCAAGCCCAGACCAAAACGCAGUGACCUCACAGAGCUAACUGCUAGCUGAGCAAACGUGUUCAUAUGCGUGUUUGUGUGUGCGUGUGUGAGAGGUCAUGUCGGGAAUGACGAGCGGCGUGUGUGUAGAGAGUGACCUCUCCUCGAUGCUGCAGAGAAGCUCCGCCCCCUCUCACCAUCACCCAAAUCACCAUGGUUACGGAGGUCAGGGACAGGUGUCGGGCCUAGCGCCGAUGCUCGACUACACCACUGAGAUGGACCGGUACCGCUCAUCCAUCGCCACCUUCUACAAGACUAACGUCAACAUGAACAUGAACGUGACAAACUUCCCACAAUCAGCCAAACUGGCGGCUCGUCUGGCGGCCGCCGCUCCUAUCUUUCCCCCCGCCGCUGCCAGGCUGGGUGCCAUGGCGACAGCCCCAUGGGGUUGCCAUGACAACAUGAACAUGAACAUGAACCACCCGGCGGCCAUGUUCUGGGGCAGGCCCAAACCUGUAGCUACAGCGCCAACGCAUCACCACCACCAUCCCUCGGCGACGCCAGGUCACAUGACCUCUUCGCACCCCCACAGCAGCAGCAUGCACCAGAGCAGUGGGGGGUCCGGAGGGGGAGGAACCGGUGGUGGAAGUGAAGGGGGAGGAGCUGAGAAACACGGACACACUGCGUCACUUCCUGUUAGCCAGGGAACAGCACACCAUCACCCCAUAGCGCCUAGCAACGGGAACUUUCUCCCCGGUUACAGCGGCGGGGCAGACUGUGGCGUUAUGAACAAGCAGGGACACGCCCACCCGGACAUGAUGGGCCUAUCAGAGGGCGGCAACUGCAAUGGGGGAGGAGUCAUGAGUGGUGGCUUCCUGGGGGGGCUGGGAUUACCCCCCGGGGUCAUCGUCAUGGCAAUGGGGUCCGCAGGUGGUGGGAUUUCAGACGCCAGCAGCGCUUUUCAGAUGACAAGCGGCCAGCGGGCGCUAACGGACUGCCAGCAGCACACCAACUCCUCCCCUUGCCCCUCCUCUUCCUCCCCUUCAUCAUCAGGGGUGACAGCGGGGGGUGUGUCCCUCUCCUCGUCAUCUUCAUCAUCGUCAGGGACAGUGGCGAAGAGGAAGCGGAAGCGCUGUGGCGUGUGCGGGCCGUGCAGACGACUGAUCAACUGCGGCGUCUGCUCGUCCUGCCGCAACAGGAAGACGGGUCACCAGAUCUGCAAGUUCAGGAAGUGUGAGGAGCUGAAGAAGAAGCCGGGAGGAGGAGGUGGGGUGCUGGAGCGGCCGCCCUCCGUCCCAGCCGGUGAGGCGUUUCGCUGGUUCUUCUAGCCUUUCCUUCACCAGUGGAGUCACCAACACAGACACACCUGGACUGAAUGAGAUUCAGCCAGAGGACUUUGGCGUCUCGGACUGAACCACAGCAGGACUUUGUGUGGAUAGCCCAGAAAUCCUGCAUCGACUGGAUGGAGGACGAGGAGGAGGAAUCCCAGGAAACAGGGGGGCUUCAUCAGAAAGGUUUAAUGCUUUGCAAAGGGGGUUUAAAGGUAAAACAUGAUGCAGUUGUCAAAUUGACUCCCCACAUGAAUGGUCUUGUGCUCAUCAGCUAUUAAUGCCCACCGUCCCUUCAAAUCAGCUGUAAGUCAUCUUGACACCUCAUUGGCUCUUUAUUCACUUUAUAUUUGGGUUUUUCCAACCUGGUCAUUCAGUGGAAAACGCAUCGAGACACCAGAUAUAUUAGAAAUAUAUCUUAUCUAAUUUGCAAAAGUGGAUUUGCUCCAUCUUUGCAAUCCUAGUGAGAUAUGUUUAUAUGGGUCCAUUAAAUACUGCAGUGAUUUAUCAGCAUUAAACCAGAAUUAACCCCUGAAAUGACCCUUGGGACGACUUAACCGUCUCUGGGUUCAUGACUCACUGGUCUAGUCUAGUUUUCAGGCCGAAUAUAAAGUUUUCAUCAUGGGUUCGGUCCUUGGAGCAGCUGGAAGUCUUACUGGGAACCAGAUUACAGGACUGCCUGAGUGGGACCAUGAGUUAUCGUCUGUUAACCCUUUAGGCUCGUCAGUGUUAUGUUUUUGUCCAGUUGCGUCGUAAACAUUGCUAAAUUCAGAGGUUGUCGAUGCUCAAUGUGUCAGGCAGAGGUUUGCUCAGCAUCUCUACGUAUUGGUGGAAGAUUUUAUUAAAGGUCUUGGAUCUAAACCAAGACCAAGAACACUCAGGGGGUCAGAAAGGACUCUGGCUAAACCAUUCGGUACGUUCCUAGCUGGUAAAGACGUAGAUGCUUCUGGAAGUUCAAGAAGAGACUUUAAACUGCUGCUUUAUUCGGUUUGACAGAGGGAGGAUGGAAAAUCUUCAUCCUGUUUGAGAAAACCAAACUUAUCUGUCUUAUCUUUCAAAUUACAACUCUGGAGUUUGAUGCUUUGAUUGGUUAAACUUAGCAGUGACUGAAAAAGUCCAGAUAAAAAACCCAGAAUCAAACUUUUCAGGACACGAGAGCAUUAACCGUUUCCUCCCAGACCUGCAACCUUUUCCAUCCGUGGAAACAAACCCGCCUUCCUCCUCUUCAUCCUCAUCCGCCCAGCCUAACCACUAAUCCCAUUGUAGCAAAACCCAGGAAGAUUCAGGACUCAGCCGCAGAGACUCCUUCAGUUUGACCAAAACCGGCUGACCAGCUAACCUCAAAGAGGAUUCACAAACUGACCUCAGCAGGACGUGAUCCAAGACUGUUAAUAUGGACUACAGGUUCCCCUCAGUAGGACUACAACAACCACAUCACUGUUACCCGUCUCUUCUGUCUACCUCCUCCUUCAGGACUUUAAACGGCACCUUGGUUGACUUUUGCUGGGCCGCGUUUCUGCUGCUACAACAGGAGCGGCUUCUGAACUCUCUUGGUGGUCCAGAAGUUAUUUGGUUCAUUUGAAUCUGGCAAAUGAAAGAGUUGUGAUCAUUUAUUGGGUUUGUGUAGAUGUCGAUGUUAAGGCUCCUAACGGUGCAGUCAAAGGUCCGGUCGGUUUUAUACGGCUGAGGGAACCAUUUCACUGCUUUCUGGUUCCUCUAAUUGAAGUUUUUGACGUUUCACCGUCACUAAUCCAGCUUGUUGGGCCGACAGAGAGAGUUCAGAACCAGCUCCUGUGUUCCCGCAUCAGCUGAACAUUGAACCAUGUGGUGGACCAACAGAAGCGCGAAUGCAGCGUGGGAAUUCGCAGCGACCCUCUGGGUCCCCCGAGCAGAACUCUGGGACCCCCGGGAACCGAGCGGAACCAGAUCGGAUCAUUCCACACUGCAACUGUGUCGUUUCCCGUCUGACAACACGCUCAGUGAUUCCUUGUACACACCGAGACAUUCUCAUUAAAAUUUUAUCUUGAAAGCUCA